AUGUCUAGCGCCUUUGAUGAUCUUUUCUCUGCCUUCAAGGGUGGGAAUGAAUCCAGCAGUAAUACCAAACCCAAAGGUGAAAGCCUAGCCGGCGCCCGUUUGCCUUUGACAGGGGAAGCUAGCCGCAAGGAUGCGGAUGCAGAUUUAGACGCCUUCUUUGGAUCGAAGACAAGCAAUGCCACCUCUGGGACCGCCAGAGAUGAGUUUGACUUGGCGUUCGACAUGCUUAAUGGACCAGUUGCUUCGCGGCUCGCAGCCCCGGAUGUCGACCUUGUCGAGCCAAAACCUCAGCCUGUCGUCGACGAAGUUAAGGACAUGGAAAUUGCGAGGCUCAUGUCUCUCGGACUUGACUGGGACAAGGCUGCUGAGUAUUAUGAGCGUGGCAUACUGUAUGAGCAGGUCGUAGAUCGCCAAAAGAGACGAACUGCGCGUACUGAAAGGCCUCUGAGGACCAGUCCUCAGAGCAGCCAAUUACGAGAAGAGGAGUCUGACCUCUUUUCUGUUGCAUCAAACUGGCUUAACAAGGGUCGCACUUUCUUGGACUCGAAGCUCAAGCAAGUUCAGACUGAGUAUAGUGAUCGUUCUUUUUCGGACUACAUCUCCUCGAGAUCGGGGUCUAACGCAUCUCCGCCGUGGCUGAAAGAAAGCGGGAGCUACCAUUUGCAAGUAUCCUCAGAUCGCGGAAAGCAGAAAGUCACGACACAGUUCAAGGACCUCAAAAUAGAAGAGGAGACGCAUUUUGGACCCAGAGCGAAUUCCCCUGUGCCAUCUACAAAAUCCCCUGCAGUUUCAGUUGCAUCAGCUUCACACCCUGUGUAUUCCGAAACUCCAGGAGACAAAAGUGAAGCGCCUCCAAAUCCGAGCCCGGUACAAGAUAAUGACCUGUUGAUAGAUUUUGAGGCGCCAGCUCUCAAAACUAGCAAUGUCCCCGCUACCUAUUCUCCGAACUUAACUGAGCUUGAGAGGCAUAGUUUCGAAGAAUUCAAAGAAAAAGGUGCCAACUCCUUCCGCACUGGCGAUUAUCACGCAGCAUUCCAAAACUACGAAAAGUCCCUCAACAGCCUUCCUCUGACACAUCCAUUGCGUGUUGUAUCGUUCUCCAACAUCAUCAUAUGCCGCCUCAAAGUUGGAGAGUAUCGUGAGGCCCUAUCUGACGCUUCAAGUGCCCUCAAGCUCAUUCCACAAGGCUCUAUGAAUUCAAACAUUCCCAAUUUGAACCCGCCAAAGACAUACAAGGAGUUCUGGUCAAAGAUAAUGAACAAUAAGGCUGUAGCCUUCGAACGCGUGGAAAACUAUGAAAAAGCUCUUGAAACUUAUCAACAGCUAAUUGAAGCGGGCGUUACGUCCUCCAAGGUCUUGGAGGCUCGAAGACAGUGCCAAAAGGCUAUUGCGCUUGAAAAGAAACCUGUUUCUGUGGCAAGAAAGUCAGAAACUUCGAUACCAAAGGCCGCGGUAACAAAGAAACCCAGCGGCCGCCCGGCAAAAGUCACUCUUGAGAAUCCUUCCGAGAAACUGGCGCGAGUCCAAGAUAUAAACAAGAAAGAGAAAGAUUUAGAAGCACAAAGAUUUCUGCUUCAUGACGAGGUAAGCAGUCUAAUUCAGGAAUGGUGUGAAGGCCACGAUGACAACCUACGGGAGCUUCUUGCACGAUUCCACACGAUCGUGGAUUGGGUCAAUUGGAAGGAGGUCUCAACAGCAGAUUUAGUUGUGCCGAAAAAGGCGAAGGUGAUCUACUUGAAGGCUGUUGCUAAGACGCAUCCGGACAAGAUUCAAGAUUCUUGGCCUUUGAAGAGGAAGAUGAUCGCAGAAAACGUGUUCAUUGUCUUAAGUAAGGCCUGGGAAACGUUCAAAGAAAAAAACCAGCUUUCCUAA